AUGGCGACAACGGUAACUGCCAUUCCAUCGACCACAAUUAAACCUGGUAACGACGACCCUGUACAACCAAUACGCAAGUUUCGAGUUGAGAUAAUACGUGAAUAUAAACCAGAAAAUGCAAAUAACGACGACGAUGGGUGUUUACUUGACAUGCAAUGUGAGAAUGAAGAUGAAUACAACAAGAGAAUGGCGAGAAGCAGAGCUGCUAAAACCAGGAAAGCUAAUCAAGUGAAUCAGAAAAUCAAACCUAAACCGCUAGCAAAGAUUCUACCCAAACCCCAGGGGCCUGUGAUCAUUAUUGAUUUGGAUUCAGAUGAAGAGACAAAAGAACCCAAACCUGAAACUGUAAAGAUGAAGUCAAAAACUAUAAUAACACAACCUAAAGGAAGUAGAGGGGUGAAACGUAAACAGAGAUUGAAGACACGACAAGAGAUAAGUUUUGAUAGCAGUGAGAGUGAGGGUGAUGUUCUUGAUAAAAGUGAUGACGAGUUCAAUCCAGGUAUUAGGAAAGACAUAGGAGAAAUAGAAACUCUUGAAAAGCUAAGACCAAGAAGAAAGGCAGCCCAGAACCUACAAAAGAAGUUGAAACCAUGGUGGGAAAAAAUCAAGGAAGAUGAAAAUGAAAAAAGUAGUGAUUCAGAUAAAAAAGAAAAUUCUAAGAAACUUGAUGAGAAAAAAGUUGAUGAUGAUGAGGAGUAUAAAACAGAAAGUGAAAUUGAGAGUGAAGAUUUAAGUGAUGAUGGGGAGACACGGCAUCUAAAGAUUAAAAUAAAAACUAAAAAAAGAGAAUUAAAGCCAGUGACCAAAGAAAAUGAAAAACUUGCAGAGAAAAAAAAAGACAACAUAAAUGCUGUAGUUAGUGGAAAAGAUGACAAGGUUAAAAUAGUUAUUAAAACUGAUGGAGAUGAUAAAAGUUCUAAAAAUGAAAUCUCUGAGGUAAAAAAAAAGGAUGAGAAAGAAAAAUUAGAUGAGAAUGACAAAAAAGAUGAGAAAGAUAUUGAUAAAAAAAAUAUGCAGAAAGAAAAAGAACUGGAUGGGAAUGAUAAGGAAAUUAAUGAAAUCAAAGAUGGAAUAGAUGAAAGUUUUAAAAAAAAGGAUGAAGGAGCUGAAUGUGGAGAAGAAACAGAUAAAGAUGUAGAGAAAAAAAAGGAAGAUAUAGAAUUAAUGGAGAUUGACUAA